AUGAAUACACAGCAAUGGCCAGGCGCAACUAAUAAACAUAUCUCGAUCAUAAUGGUGAGCAAGCUCUUUACAUUUACCAGAAGACAACUUCACACCAUUGUCUCUAGGGAUAUCAUCAAACCCUCUUCUCCAACCCCUUCUCACCUCAAAACAUAUAAUCUUUCCUUGUUUGAUCAACUUGCUGUGAAUGCAUACAUGCCUGUUGUAGCAUUCUACCCAAGCUCUAGCCUUUUUCAAAGCUCCCAUGAUAAAACCCUUGAGCUGAAGAACUCCUUGUCACACACCUUAAAUCAGUAUUAUCCGUUUGCUGGUAGGUUCGCCAAAUCUUGCCCAACAUACGUUAACUGCCAUGACGAUGGAGUUGAGUUCAUCGAAGCAAACAACGACAAUCAACUCUCCGACUUCCUCCACCAUUCAGACCAUGAAGAUCUAGAUCAACUCUUUCCAGAUGAUCUUAUAUGGUACAAGUCAAACCACAAUGGUCAUAACGAUGAAAACGAAAGCACUUCACCUUUGUCUGUUCAAGUCAACCAUUUUUCAUGCGGAGGAGUAGCCGUUGCAGUAUCGCUAUCGCACAGGAUUGCAGAUGGAAGCAGUAUUUUUAAUUUCCUCAAUCACUGGGCUACAGUGACACGAUCUCGUUCACCAGAGCAUCAUGAUCUAUCGCACAUGAAUCCGCAUUUUCUUUCCUACAAGACUAGAGACGUUAAGUUGCCUAAAAACAUGCCUGAUAGAUCACAAGGUGACUAUGUCACAAGGAGUUUUGUGUUUCCUAACACAAAGAUAAACAACCUCAAAGCGAAGAUCACAAGCAUGAGCAUGGAAUCUGGAGAACCGAUCUUGAACCCUACACGAGCCGAAGCCUUAACAUGGCUAAUUCAUAAGUGCGCAGUGGCAGCAGCUUCUAAAACCAACUCAGGGAUUUUGAAGCCAACAGGAGUGGGUCAAAUAAUGAGCAUUAGAAAUAAUUUAGCAGAGUCGUUGCCUGAAACAAGCGUAGGGAAUCUUUAUCUGUUGAUGGAGUUUCCAACAAGAGAUGAAAGUGAACUAACACCACAUAAUAUCAUUCGUGAACUAAGGAAAAGAAAGAUGGAAUUUCGAGGUAUAAAGAAUAUGGAAACUGCAUUGGGUAUCGUUGCUGAGGUGUGUUCUGAUCACGCUGCUAUGCUUCAGACGUCAAAAAGAGUUGAUGACUAUUACAUCUAUACUCUUAUAAACAGGUUUCCUACAUAUGGGAUUGAUUUUGGGUGGGGUAAACCCAUAAAAGUAACUGUUGGUGGGGUUGUGAAGAAUGUUAUUAUAAUGAUGAAUACUCCGAAUGGGGAUGGCAUCGAUGCACUCGUGUGUUUGGAUAGACAAGACAUGAAUAUAAUUCAAAACGAUCCGGAACUGUUAGCGUUUUGCUAA